AGAAUACUUCUCUAAAAUGAACAGCAUCCCAGAAUUUACAUUUGAGUACAAUCAAGGAUUUCCACAGUGGGAUUUCAGCAUUAAUCAAAGUGAACUGUCCAGGUUUAAUGAAGAAUACGGCACUUUAGACCUUAGUCCUAGCGAUGAUUCUCAGAAGAAGAUGUUUAAUGUACAGACUUUGACAGGUGCUGGCUCUCCACAGUUAAUUAAAUCUCCACCUAAGAAAAGUUAUUCCUUAAGAAAAUAACCCGAAAAGAAGGAUGCAAUGCUUCUUAGGGGAGUCUUCCUUGAAGCUAAGACAAACUCUCGACCCAUCCCUCUUCAAUUCUAAAA